AUGUAUUCCUCUCUACUCAUCACAGUCCGUUCAAAAAGAGGCUACUAUGUAAGAAGAGUUAAAGAAAGUUUGUGGUCGACAUUUGUAUAUGACGAUUUAUACAAGCCUAUCGAUCCUGAAGAUACGCAAGCUGACACAUAUAUUUCUCUAAUAAUUAAAUCCAUUUUUACAGUUAAAAAAGAAUGUAUACAAUUAAAUAGGGUUUGGAUUCAGUUAGUUCUCAAGGUAAUUUUUGAUGAAAAACAUCUUUCGUCGAAAAUUGACUCUGAUAUAGUAGAAAAUUGGACUGAAGUGAUUAGCGACACCAAAAUGCCUUCUGAUCAAUUUGUGGAUGAUAAUAAUAAUAUAUCAUCAAAGUUAAAUGGAGAAACUUCUGUUAGAAUAAAUGAAGAUGAUAAAAUUCAUAAUUAUUGGAUUGUUACUGAAGCUGAAGAAGAUAUAGAACCUUUAGAUUGGUGA